UUGAUUUUCUGUAAUUUUAUCCAUAUUGAAGGUGAUAGCCAGGGAGAACUCGUACUAAAAAGAUUCACGAAAGAAAAUUGCAAAUUUAAUCCAUGUUUGAAUGGUGGUUCAUGCAUACCCGGGAAGAUAUCAUGCGUCUGCGCAUUUGGCUGGAUGGGUCGAUAUUGCCAUAGAUAUUGUCGGAACAUCUAUAGAAGUUGUGAUCGCUGGGCAUUGGAAGACAAAUGUGAACAGAUACAUACCCAAACUAACUUUUUCGAUGUCAACUGUGCUGUAAGUUGCAAGAAGUGCGUACCGGAUCCAAAACAUGUUUUAAGUGACAUCCCGGUUCCACCGGUUUUGGAAGCUCUACAGUUUAUGGUUGGUCAGUGGCAUUCAGCUGCCUCUAAAGGUCUUCGGUACCCAACAGAUAUGUAUUCAGCAAGCUAUGAAGAAUUGUUAGAUAUAGUACCUGCGGAAGUACCGAUGUUUGGAACUCCAGCAUUCAAUUUUACGAGCGUAUGCUGGAGUGAAAACGAUACUCGUGUGUUACGUGGUUUUUUAACACUUCGAGCAAAUUCUUUCCCUACCGAAGUCUCUGUUUUGAGUUCAUCUAAUGAAGUUAUAGCUCACAUUUUGAUUGUUAACAUCUUAUGA